CGGCAUUAUUGCCUCCUCCCCCCCUGAUGCCAACCGAUGCCGCCCGCCCAGACCCAGCCAGAUCUUCUUGUGGGCGCAGGUUUGAGCAGGUUCUGUCUCUUCUCUUUCAAAUAACACACCACCAUCACCACCGCCCCGUCACCAUUCAAUUCAAUUCUACCCAUCAAAGACACAAACCCUUUUUUUCCCCUUCUUUCCUCAUCAGUCUCUCUCCUACAACCCUUUUCGUUUCCAUCCACAUUGUCGCAGUAAACAACUUCGCGCUCGUUUGGGUUGUUAACUUGCUCACUGCUACCCCUCCUACCCAAAAACACCCGAGUCCUCCGCUCACUUGACGCGCUUGUUCCUCUUCAUCACUCCCACUGUAAAAAAACCCUGCCCCCAGUCGCGAAGAUGGGUUUGAACAAUCACUACCGCUCCGUCUCGAACGACGAAUCCUUCCCGUUGGCACCUCCCGAAAAAGAGCCACCCAAAUCAGGUUGGGGAAAACAGUCGAUUCUACUGUCCAUCGCCACCGGCACUCUCUUCAUCGCAGUCAUCGCAGCCGUCCUCUCCACCGUCGGAUCCGCCGUCGUCUCGUACAAUUCCAGCGGUAGUUCAGAUGCGGCUGCGACGGCCACAACAGGUGCCGUCGCCUCGACUGCGACCGGCUCGGCCAUCCUGAAUGGUGGUGUGUCUGAAGCCAACGAGGUCGAGAUCCAGGGCUGCGGGAGCAACCCGACAGAAGCACGCGCGAACGGAUGUGUGUUUGAUGUUAUGAUGCAACUUUGGACCCCCGCCGCCUGCUACGAUCGCCCCCUCUCGGAUCGUUUCCUGGCCGAAGGCAACUGGACCUGGUACGCCGACACCACGGCCAACAAGGUCUGGUCCCUCGAGGAGAUGAGAAAGGGAGAACACGAUGCCGUCUACGUGGCCCAAGAGUACCACAUCACGCAUUGCAUUUAUGCGUGGGAGAUGUUGGUUCGUGCCAUGAGAAAUCAAGCCCCCAUCAUCACGGAAUUGAUCUCGUACGACCACGUCAUUCACUGCCGCCAUAAGACUCUCCAGAGAGCCGACGGUGGUUCGACGAUCCGUGGUGUCCGCGCUCCAACCGGUUACACCAAGUGUGCUCCUUAUGACACCUGGAAGCAUCAUCUCCCCUCCAACGAGCACUCUUCGACGGAAUAAAAAAAAAGUCUUCAUGAACUUUCCUUUACUGUAUCUUCCUCACUCGGACCGUGAAAUUUCACCGCAAUAUCGAGAUCCACCGAGUCCUGCCUCAGACCUACCGGACCAUCUUGUCCAACCAACACGAACCCUGCUAUCCCGGCUUCGAGAGAUUUGGAGUGGACUUGUGAAAGAGGUAGCAGGAAGCCGAAACAACUUGAGCCGGGGAACAACAAUAAGCUCAAGCCAAAUGGUUCAAGAGCAGAUGGUUGUCGGAUGAUUCAGAGAAAGAUUCAAACAUGACGAAUAUUCUCAUGCCACCAUUUUUAUUGUGUAUAUACCUCUCUCUUUUUAUUUUCCAACAUCACAGCGCGUCUUGAUUUAUGAUCUCGGGAUUUCUUACAUCGGAAGGGGAGUGGUUUUGUCUAGGAUGGAUGAAAACGGAAUUGUUGAUACGGAGUUGCUUACUUCCAAAUAUACCUUUAGUAUAAUUCACACAUUUGUCCAUA